ACAUUUCAACACGAACAGCAUCCAGCCUGAUAAAAGCGCCUGCGCGCUGCGCCCAGCCUCUCUGGUUCCUGCGCUCAAUGCCACGUUAGUCGCGGCAGACACAAACACAGGCGCGUCUCGGCACGGUUUCCCUGCUGCACACCCGCACCACAGCCAGCCCCCACACAGGCCCAGGACCCGCCGCUCUGCGUGAUCCCCAGCCGGCCCUGCGAGACGGACGCCAGGAUGCCCGGCCUGCUGCUGCUGCUGCUGUGCGCGCUGGCCGCGGCCGGCACAGCCCACAUCGCCGAGGAGGACGACGUGCUGGUGCUGAAGAAGGAGAACUUCGAAGAGGCUCUGAAGGCGCACCCCAACAUGCUGGUGGAGUUCUAUGCCCCCUGGUGUGGGCACUGCAAGGCGCUGGCACCAGAGUACGCCAAGGCAGCGGGCAUGCUCAAGGCCACUGACUCGGACAUCCGGCUGGCCAAAGUGGAUGCCACAGAGGAGACGGAGCUGGCGCAGGAAUUCGGAGUGCGGGGCUACCCUACGAUCAAGUUCUUCAAGGGGGGAGACAAGAGCUCUCCUAAGGAGUACUCAGCUGGCAGGCAGGCUGACGACAUCGUGGCCUGGCUGAAGAAACGUACUGGCCCUGCGGCCACCUCCCUGACCGAGGUCACAGAGGCCGAGACGCUCAUCGCGGACAAUGAGGUCGUGGUCAUCGGCUUCUUCAAGGAUGCUGAGUCGGAUGAUGCCAAGACAUUCCUGAAGGCUGCAGAGGCUGUGGAUGACAUUCCUUUCGGCAUCACCUCCUCGGAUGCCCUCUAUGCCAAGUUCGAGGUGUCCAAGGACAGCGUGGUCCUGUUUAAGAAGUUCGACGAGGGCCGCAAUGCCUUCGAGGGCGACGUCACCAAGGAGAGCCUCCUGAGCUUCAUCAAGGCCAACCAGCUGCCCAUGGUCAUCGAGUUCACGGAGCAGACUGCCCCCAAGAUCUUUGGAGGGGAGAUCAAGUCCCACAUCCUGUUGUUUGUCCCUAAAACAGCUUCAGACUUCCAGAACAAGAUGGACAACUUCAAAAAGGCAGCUCGGGACUUCAAGGGCAAGAUCCUCUUUAUCUUCAUUGACAGUGAUCUGGAUGACAACCAGCGCAUCCUGGAGUUCUUCGGGCUGAAGAAGGAGGAGUGCCCGGCUAUCCGGCUCAUCACGCUGGAGGACGAGAUGACCAAGUACAAGCCUGAGAGCUCCGAAAUCACAGCUGACAACAUCAGCGCCUUCUGCACGCGGUUCUUGGAGGGCAAGCUGAAGCCUCAUCUAAUGAGCCAGGACAUCCCUGAGGACUGGGACGCGAACCCUGUCAAGGUCCUGGUUGGGAAGAACUUCGAAGAAGUUGCUUUUGAUCCCAGCAAGAAUGUGUUCAUCGAAUUCUAUGCCCCCUGGUGUGGGCACUGCAAGCAGCUGGCGCCCAUCUGGGACAAGCUGGGCGAGAAGUACAAGGACAGCGACAGCAUCGUGGUAGCCAAAAUGGACUCCACCGCUAACGAGAUCGAGGCUGUGAAGGUGCACAGCUUUCCCACGCUCAAGUUCUUCCCCGCCGGCGACGAGCACAAGGUGAUCGACUACAAUGGCGAGAGGACGCUGGAGGGCUUCGCCCGGUUCCUGGAGAGUGGGGGCAAGGAGGGCGGUGCGCCGGUCGGGGACGACGACGAGGACCUGGAGGAUGCGGAUCUCCCCGAGGAGGAGGGCGACGACGACUCUGAUGGGGAAGAGGGGGGCCACGACGAGUUGUAGAGGUCCCUGCGAAGCUGCCCCCUCCCCUCCAAUGUCCUGCGCACACUAACCUUCAUAUCGAUCUGCUCUGCCCGCCAGCGCCUGCAGGACACCCCGGCCCAGACAGACGCCCCGCUCUCCGGCUGGGGGCUCAGCACUGAUUCGGCACCAGGGGGCUGGCAACUCUUCCUCAGUGAUUGGAGAAGGACUGUGUGGUUUUUUUACACCCCUCUGUCCCCACACAUCUCUGCUGAGGUGUUGAAUGAUACUGUGUAUAUAUAUAUUUUAAGGCCGUUGGCACGGUUUUCUUUUCUGGUUUCAUACGUUUUCCCAAUAGGUGACUAAAACUAGAUUUAAUUUUUAACUACACUUCAUGUGUAUCUUUUUUGUUUUGUUCUUCCUCAGACGCCUUCAGGAAGUCUAGGUCUUUUGUUUUAAGCCGCUCUGGUGUUGCCUAUGCAGUCUUGUAUGGAGGUGGAGCCGCUCGGAGUGUAAAAAGUUGGCUUUUUUUGUUCACAGCCGUGAAGACGUUCUCCCCUCCCUCUCUUCCUGCUGAGAGAAGACAGGGAGGUUCUCUUCACACCAGGGGGCUGUUUCCUCUUGUAAUUAUUAACGCCACACUGGUUUCCGUAGGUGAGGGUUCUGUUGGUGAAGUAGCCUUGUUUUGUGGGUGCGUGACUUUUCCUUUGUUUCUCCAGUCCUGUAUGCAGUGCUCUCUCAGGUCGGUGCAGAUCUGAGGGAUCGACACAUCCCCCCCCCCCCCCCCAGCGUGUGUUCUGCAGCCCAGCUACUGAUUUUUAAGUUCUGAUCAUUUGUUUUGGGGUUCCUUCUUGUUCUCCUGUGUGUGGCCGGGCCCGACUGGGCCGCGGUUCUGCCUGCGAGCCGGCCCAGCAGGCCGCCGGACCCCUGGUCUGCGGUUCCGCUUGGCUGCGCUGCCAGCCUCUGCUUUGUUCUGGGUUUCUCAGCGGAAGAACCGUGAGGGCUGGAGUCCCGCUGAGACGCAGCCGCUGCCCUCUCCCCUGGUUCCGGUGUCGGGCUGCUCGGGCCGGGCCACCUGUCCCUGCCGGGGAGGGCUGUCAUCCUCGCGGUCGCUCUCGUCAGAAGAGGGGUUGGGGGUUUGAAUGUGAUUUGAGGGUGGGAGGGGUGGGGGUUGAGUUGGGUGUCGGGGUUUUGAAUUGGCAGUGUUUAUAAAGAGGCAUUCCAUCACACUGAAGACUGAAAACAACUGGUGGCCAAAUAAAGAUUUAAAACCAA